AUGCCCAUCUCGCUCACAAGCCCUGGUGCGCUCAAGGCGCUCUACGCCGGAAAUGCGCUCUGGUUUUCCAGCGCCUUUGUUCACUUCGCUUUCCGGCAGACAUUUAUCAUGACGAAGCUGAGCAAGCGCAAAACCAGCGGCAAUGAAAUCUUCAAGAAGAUGGCACAAGGAGAUGGCUGGCACCACGACAUCCUGGCAUAUCUCGGCGCCAUGAACACAUCGCUGGCAGCUCUGGCAAUCCUUCGUUUGUACGCCAUGGUCCGGCCCACGAAGGCUCUGUCGACCGGAACAGCCCACGGAGACAUCCCUUUGGACGUGCUGGCGUUGGUUGUCCUCGGCGUCGGUAACGCCUCACAGGCUUGGAUGAACUUCCGCACCGCUUUGACGAGUGAUAGAUGGAUCAUGGGCAGAGGAUUCGACAGGAUUACAGUCUUGGAUGCCGUUUUUACUGUCCUUGACUGGGUCGCUGCGCUUGGAAAGGCAAGAAUGCUAUAA